ACAGGAAAUAGUGUGAUUGUAACAGUUUCUAAAGUAAAAGCUCCCUGUAAAAGGAACCUCGAGGAUGUGACAACAUUUCUAUGACAGUCAUAGAAAUUGUGAACAUAUGUCAUUAUGCUGAUAUGUGUUCUCAGUAAUGUGACGUUAAUUUAUAUUAGUCUAUCUUGGAAAACUGAGAAAAGGAGACUUCGACGCAAAAAUGAGCAAAAAUACAGAUGUGGGAAGUUGGUUACAUUCAGCUGCGAUGUGAAUGUUCGUCUGACUGAGGCAUGCCUGACCCUUUCAGAAUGAAAAGGGUUGAUCUUGAACAAUGCAAUCAAAACAAGAACCAUUCAAGCAAAGUAUUCGUCAAAAUAAGUGUUUUCUUAUUGAUACUUUACAAGAAGAUCCCGACUUCAUCUUGCAGCAUGUGCAACAAGAUGAACUCAUCACUGACCGUGAGUACCGCCUCAUAAAUCGGCAAAGAAUAGGGGGAGAGGAUGUGGUCAUCGCCUUACUUGAUAAACUUAUGGGCAAGGGGGAGGAAACCUGCAAAAAAUUCAUAAAGCUUUUGGAACGGGAUGAGGUAUUGGAGACUUUUCCAAAUUUGAAGAAUCACCAUAUUCUUGCUACAGACAACCCAGUUAAAGAUAUCUCAAAGCUCAGCAUUGAUCUUCAAAAAAAGCUUCACAGGAUUUAUAGGGAGUUGACCAGCAUUAAUGUUGAUCAGCUGAAAUUUCUCUCUAUGGAUCUGGUUUGUAAAGAGCAUUUGGAGACCGUGAGUGAUGCAAAAGACUUGUUCUUUCGACUAGAGGAGCAAGAACUGCUUGAUGAUGGACUACUCUCUGAGCUGCUAUACAAGAUAGGACGUCUUGACUUGCUUGUCAUCAUUGACACAUCAAGGGAGCAGGUGGAGAGGCGUCUGCAGGCCUGUAGAGACCCUAAUAAAGGUGUCUCAGCUUACAGAUACAUGCUCUAUGGAUUGUCUUUAAGAAUUACAGAAGAAAGCCUUCAUCAAAUGAGGUUUCAAUGGUCAAAAUGUUCAAAAACACAGCUCGGACCAUAUCCUUCAUUUCUAGACAUUAUGAUUGAUAUGGAAAAUCAACAGAGACUUGGAGAAGACAAUCUGGAGGAACUGCACAACAUUCUAAGUAAAUGUGAUCAACAGUUGGCCUGCAGCUUAGAGAAAUUCAAGAAUGGGCACAGAAACCAGGAACAGGGUCAUGAGGACGACUACUAUCCCGUGACCCAGCGGCCUUUAGGAUACUGUCUAAUCAUCAACAACUUCGAAUUUUCUCCAACGAGCUUACGUAACAGGACUGGCACAGAUAAAGAUAGAGAUGAUCUUACCAGAGUGUUUCGCAACAUGCAGUUUCUGGUUGAGGUGCGAAACGACUUGCAAGGUCCGGAUAUGUUGAAUGUGAUGAAAGAGUUUGCAGAGAAAGAUCACUCUAGAAUGGAUGUUUUUGUCUGCUGCAUCCUCUCCCAUGGGGCAAACAGCACUGUGCUGGGCACAGAUGGCCAGCACAUCCUAAUCCGGGAUCAUACAUUGCCUUACGCUGAAAGCCACACACUUGCAACCAAGCCCAAGCUUUUUUUCAUUCAGGCCUGCCAAGGUUCAAAUAUGGACAGAGGAGUGUGUAUGGAGAACAGACAGGAGACUAUUACAACAGAUGGAGUAUUUGAAAAGGAUGCUCAGAUGGUUGUUUCUAGUAUUCCUCUAGAAGCUGAUUUUUUAAUUGGAAUGGCCACUGUAGAACAUUAUCAGUCAUUCCGGAACACCACAGAAGGGUCCAUCUAUAUUCAAGAGCUCUGCAAACAGCUGGAAGAAUGUUGCCCCAGAAAAGAGGAUAUCUUGUCCAUUCUGACAAAGGUGAACUGUAAAGUGAGCAAGAAAAUACUGAAUGGUCAUAAGCAAAUACCUGAACCUCGGUAUACCUUAACCAGGAAACUGGUACUUCCCUGGACUGAAGUUUCGGAUCACUAGAAUGACAUUGUGUCUUUCUACUUUGAUGCUACAAAAGAAUGUCAAUCUUAUUGUUUUUGUCAGUCUGGUUGAAUGUUUGUGAUUAUGAUAUUGAUCUAUGACUAUGAUGAUAUUUUUGUUCACUGGACACUUUUUACUAUGGCCUCUUUACUAUGGAAUAUCACCCUUUUGUUUGUGUCCUCCUACUUUUGAUAAUAACAUUGCUGCAAUAGUAAGUAUAGCAAAUAGUAAGUAUAGCCCCAGAGUGCAGGCUGGACGAUGGGGCAGGGCAACACAUUUGGAAGGUGGUACAGAUCCAUGUGUGUGGAUGGCAUUUGGAAACUGUACAAAUGGAACGCGGGUUUUGCAGCCUGUUUAGAAAUAACACAUAUGUAAAAGACGGAGAAAAUAUCACAUUCUUUAACAUUUUACACCCGUUUUUUUUGUUCACGUUUUUUUUCACAUUACUCCUAUUUAAGGCAAGGACAUUACAUUUAUUGACAACAGUGUGACCGUAUGCUGUUGCCUAUUAAUAAUAUGUGUUGUUAUAAACCAUUUGCAUUUUUUACAUUUAAAUUUAUGCAUUUAGCAGAAUCCAUAGCUUUCCAAUCUAUACGUUUUUAUCAGUUUGUGUGUUCAUGGAAUCGAACACACAGUACGAACAACAUAUCAAUAUCAGCGUUAUUCAUGCUGUAUAUCACAAGUAAUAUAAUGAAUGACUACAACUAUUUCAAUUCAGCAUCUUUUUAUUCGUGUAUCAAAACUUAUUGAGCCAAAAACUGAAGUUUGGCUAGACACAAAGCAAAAGUUGCUGUCAAAUGCAGCUUCCUCGAUGGAGAACACGUGAAGAGUUUGAAACUCCUUUUUUUAAACAAAUUCUAAUUUCAUGUUUUUUUAUUGUGCAUUCCAAUUAAUAUGAAUCAAACUGCAGUUGGUUUGCUUUGAUUUAAGCCAUAAUAACUCAGGAAAUACAGCUAACUAACACAAUAAAUAAACAUGAUAACAUAAUAAAAAUAUAUGUAUUUUUUUAAA